AAUCCGCAAAAUCGGUUUAUUUGCUGGACGAAGAGGAAAUUGAUACUCUCAAUAGGAAUCGUAAAAACCCUAAAUUUCAAACCCUAAAAACUCAGAACUAGAAGCAAUUACCAUGAAUACUCCCGAAUUUGACUUUGAUUCGCCUGUUAUUAAAGCUCUUGGUUCUCUUUUCAAGCUAACUGAAGUAUAUUUACGUGAUGAUGGUUGUUCAAAGGAUGACAUUCGACAAGCUUCUUCAUUUCCUAAACAUAUCAGAUUUACAUAUGACGAUGACGACGACGACGGCGAUGAUUACGAUGCCAACGUUAUUUCUAAGGAUAAUAGCAGCUCGAAUACGAGUGUUGAGACCUCGGAAGAGAGUGUUAUAAUGGAGGAUGCUGAUCUCUCUCAGGAGAUGAGUGCACUUGGGCUCCCACUUUCGUUCCAAACUAGCAAGCAAAGCAGUGCACAAACUAAGGGAAAACACAAAGCAACCCAGCUUAAAAAUCAAAUUAGUCCGAGUAAAUUCAGGGAUCAAGUGCUGAUUUCUGCCAAAUUGAGUGAAGAGGGCUUAUCUUAUGUGGAAUUUCAAGAUAAAACAAAUGAUUCAUCGUCCUUAUCUUUGCUGGUUCCAGAUGAACUUUCUUGCUUGAGCUCUGAUGUUAGUGAUGGUUCUGUUAAAUCGUCCAAUGUUUGUGAUGGGUCAAAACCUGCUUAUAUGGCUGAUGAAACUGACUAUUGUGGUUGUGAGAAACAGAAACGUGAGAAUGUACCAAUAAAUAUAUUAGACGAAGCACUCACUGAUGACCUGUUGGGGACUGAUUUUCAGAUGGAAAAUAAGUUAAUGUCAACUGCUGCCACAUUGGUUUUAUCGGAGAGCAGUACAUCGAGUGGACACAUUUUACUUGAUGGUUAUGUUGAGGAACACCCAAAGAGUAGAGGUUUAAUGGAACAUGUUGAUAUAAAAGACACUGAAAUGGGUAAUGGAACACAACUGGACGACUUUGACCGCGCUAUCUGUACUGAACAGAUUGAUGACAUGCCUAUACAAUACGAGAUGGUUCUUGACCAUGAUGUUAAUGACAUCAUCUCUUCUAGUGUUUGUGGUGAAUGGAGUGCGUUCUGGGAUUCGUUCUAUAUGAGAUAUUACUUUUAUAACUCCAAAACCCAUGAAUCCACUUGGAAUCCACCCCCUGGCAUGGAAAACUGUGUUCAGGGUGACAUCUCUAAUGUAAAUAACAUAUCAAAUACAGUUAAUGAACAAUUCAAUAGACAUGAGUUGGUUGAUAAAACAGGAACAAAUGGACAGACUGGGGUACAAGUAUGGAGAGCUCAAGAGUUAACAUCUGAAGAUCUAUCAUCUUGUUCGGCUGUGAUUUCCGAUAUAUCUUGUGCUAUAGAUGCAAACGAUCAUCAUGUGCAUGAUGGAGAGUGUCAGAAUGGACUUAUAAUGGCUUCUUCACCAUCUACCAUCAGCCAUCAGCAUCCUGGAAAUGGCAGAGAGCGAGAAGACUCUUAUAGCAUGUGCAAUGGCAAGUUUCUAUCAAAAGAUUCAGACUCUAUUGAAAGUCCUCGUGAGAAUGCUGGUAAAAACUUCAAUGGCAAUGUCAUAGCCCAGCUGUCAGAUACAACCUUGAGCAGUGCAGUUGAAGCAGUAUGUGAUUACCCCAUCGAUAACUUUCAGAUGGAAGAAUCGGAGUCCGUUUUCAAUUGUUUUAGCUUGCAAGAUACACCUGCUACUACCAAACGAAAGAAAAAAAGAAAAAACAGGAGGAAAAAGUCUUUCAACAAGAAUAUCGGUCAUGAGUUUCAACCAAUUGAAGAUUACUACGUUGAUAUAUCUAAAUAUUGGUCUCAAAGGUAUCUUUUAUUUUCCAAAUUUGAUAAUGGUAUACAAAUGGAUGAAGAAGGGUGGUUUUCUGUCACUCCAGAAGCUAUAGCCAGACAUCACGCUUCUCGUUCUGGUGGUGGCGUUGUGAUUGACUGCUUUGCUGGAGUUGGUGGCAAUGUAAUACAAUUUGCAAAGACGAGUAAGCACGUAAUUGCUGUUGAUAUAGAUUCGAAGAAAAUUGAUUAUGCUCAUCAAAAUGCAGCUAUUUAUGGGGUUGAAGACAAAAUUGAAUUUGUCAAUGGAGAUUGUUUUUAUCUGGCCCCAAAUUUGAAGGCUGACACAGUCUUUCUAUCACCUCCUUGGGGAGGGCCCGAUUAUCUCAAAGUGAAGUCUUACGACAUAAGUAUGCUUCAGCCACACGAUGGGAAGUAUCUUUUUAAUACUUUUAAGACAACUGCCUCGCUUAUUAUCAUGUUCUUGCCUAGAAAUGUCAACAUUGUUCAACUGGCGGAACUUUCUUUAUCUUCCGAUGCUCCAUGGUCUCUGGAAGUGGAGAAAAAUUUCUUGAAUGGUAAAUUAAAAGCUGUCACUGCUUACUUCAGCAAGACUAGUUGAGGCUUUCAGGCAAAGAUGAUUCGAGUUGUUACCCAGACCCGGGAGCUCAUAUCUGCCGUGCUAUAUGGGUAGAGUUAUUAUUAUGGUCCUAAUCAUAAUUUUUUUUCUGCCGUGUUAUAUGGUUCAAGAUUUGGCUGGUUUUGGUUCGGUCAGUUUAGCUUCAAGAAACUGGUGCGCACCUUAAAUUUACAAAGAAGUCACAAAUUUGCAACAUAGUUUCUGGUUCAAUUGGUCAUUUUGUGUGGUUCCAGAACUAGAUUUCAUAAUACCUUGGGCUGUUUGUGCUUGUUACAUUGACUGGGUUCUAAAUUUGAGGACAACAAUUUGAAUCAGAACGGAAAAUAGAGCACCAGAAUUACUUAAAAUUAUGGCACACUGGAAACUGGUGCAAGCAUUCAAACACAUACAAGGGCAGAGCAAAAACACAGGUCUUGUAUAUUUUAUAUUUUCUCAAAAUUUUGAGACCUAUAAGCAAGUAACAAUAACAAUGUUAGAGCUUUUAAUCCUAAAAUUUGUAUCGGUUGCAUGAAUCAAUAUAUAGUUUUUCGUGGUCGUCCAUGUGGAUAAACUAAUGUAAACUAAUAUGAUUAUAUGGGGCUAUAUGCAAUUGAACAUAUUGCACGUACCCAGAAUUGCCCUUAUACAUAUACAUAUUCAGAUUAGUAUUCUGUUUUUUUCCUUAAGCUUUGCCUUAUUUAAAUAUUGGUGUAUGUCCAACUAUGAUACUUCUACUCAACAAAUUCUUGUGAGAGACGGUCUCUUUGAGAGAUCAUCUCUAAUUUGUCAGCCUAUUAUCAUCUUUUAGUUUAAUCAAGCUUUAAUGGGUUGGGUUUGAGAGACGCCUCUUAAAGAGACAUCUCUCAAAGAGACGGUGGGAGACGGUCUCUCAAGAGACCAGCUGUUAUUAAUAUGAACACAAGUAUAGUUAAACCAUGCACCCCAAAUAUUUUUGUUUAAACAUUGAACCCAUUAUUCACGGUAUGUAGCUAUAAUGCUUAAUGGUGAAUCCAUAAUACUAGUAUAAGAUGGGUCGAACACUUUUCUCUGCAUAUAUGCUCAACCAAUUUAACUAC